GAUGGGGAGAAGCCCAUGCUGUUCAAAGAUAGGGUUGAAUAGAGGUUCAUGGACAGCUUCAGAAGACAAGAUUCUCACUGACUACAUCACACUCCAUGGUCAAGGCAAAUGGAGGCAGCUUCCCAUCAAAGCAGGUUUAAUGAGGUGUGGAAAGAGUUGUAGACUGCGAUGGUUGAAUUACUUGAAACCGGAUAUCAAAAGAGGCAAUAUUUCAUGUGACGAAGAAGAUCUCAUCAUCAGGCUGCAUAAACUCUUGGGAAACAGAUGGUCACUUAUUGCGGGGAGGCUCCCUGGACGAACAGACAAUGAAAUCAAGAACUACUGGAACACCACACUUGCCAAAAAGGUGCAUGAUCUUCAUCAAAACGACGACAUCAAUCAAGAACAAAACCUUAAAAAGAGGAAAGAUAGAGAAUCUGCGAAUGAGAUGGGGUCGAAUGUGGUUAGAACCAAGGCAGUGAGAUGCUCAAGAACCCAUUUUAGCUCUCACCCACAACAAGUAGAGCCACCAAGAUCCAAUGUUGUUGAGAAUAGAGGUCCGGCUAAACCUACCGAACCAGCUCCAUGCACGUUCUAUGAUCAUGAAGUACAAAACCAUAACAAUAACUGUCUGUCAAGUUUCAAUCUUGAUGUGAAUAUGAGGGGAGGGGAUUCUCUUUUUAAUAUGGAUUUCACAUAUUCGUUUAACUUAUCCGAUCAACUUGUGAAAGGAGGUGAUAUGAUGUUGGGUUCUUCAACUAUUACUACUACUGGUGUUGUUGCGGAUAGAGACCCAAUACACGGUUUCUCCAAAGAAAUUCUGGAUUUGUUUACUUCUAUUCCUGAAAUUGGAGGAGAAUGGUUGUCUUCAUUAUAA